AUGGAUGUUCUUUCAAUGUGUUCGUCGUCCCCAAACCAAUCUAUCCCGAGGAAAACUUCGGUAUUUACUCCUUCAACAUCUCAUACACAAAGUUUGCCUUCUCCACCGUUGGUUGAAAUGACGAACGAGAAAAAGGGACACCCACUUCCUUCCCUAACUUCUAUUUUACGUCCUUCCCUACAUGAGAUUAAUUCUAAUCCAUUACCACCGCCAACAAUAAUGCCAAAACCACUUCAUAAUACGUCGCCUGCUUCUAUUGUCAACCUUCAAAAUUCAUCAUUUCAACAACGAUCGUCUACUCCGCCAAGUCCUCCUUCGCAAUUAAAUUAUCAAAAACCACCACAACCAAUCCUUGCGCGAAGGUCGAGUUUCACUUCUUCUCCUUCAUAUUCAUUACCGCCACCUCGUUGUGAUACUACUACUUCAUUUAAUUAUUCUCAUUCGCCUGUUACUACUUCCUCAACUUCAGAUUACCCUCCUCCAUAUGCUACUUCUACUUCAUAUACUUCUACCGGUAAUAAUAUUAGCAGAGAUGAUAAUGAUUCUCCUUAUAUCCAACAAACCACAGAACAAUCGCUUGCUAAAAUAGGGAAGGUUAUAGACCAUUGUAACCAAAUCGCUCAAUUUGCUUCGCAAUAUCGUGACAUGAGAAUUAAUCAUAAUCCUUGGAAUGGUAUCGUUCUUCAAGUGAACGAGUCCCAUUUGACCAAUAUGAUAAAUAAAGCUUAUGAUGUAUUAAAUGUCUUGUCUAGUCUAAAGAGUGAAGUAUCUGCAAGAUUCCUAGCCGAGACAAGUCAAGAUGAAAUUGAUUUGAUUCGUAAGCAGAGGACGAGUAUUACCACAUCUUCACGGACAAAGUACAGGAAGCGAAGUAAGCGUGCUGCGCCUCCCGGAAGAUGUCAUUCCUGUAACAUAUCUGAAACUCCUGAGUGGCGUCGUGGUCCCGAUGGUGCAAGAACUCUAUGCAACGCUUGUGGCCUUCCGAUUUCUUCAAACAUGAGCAUGAGCUCAUCAUCUUCUUCACUUGAAAAUAAUAACAAUGUCUCAUUAAUGUCAACUCCCGGUGUUCCAGACAUAGAAAGAGAUUCUCCUCACGCUAAGCGAGCAAGGAUUGAAAUGGUGGACAUGUUUGAAGAUUGA